AUGUCUUUGUUCCAAAUCCCUGUUACUAUCUUUUUGAUUGUUGCGAACACUGAAGGUUUUCGUGAUGGUGUGACUGGUGGUCAAGAUGAAGUCCUUCAAAACAGUUUUGACAGUGGUUACACUUUGGCUGCUAAAGAGGCCUGUGAACUUGGCCGUAUUCAAGGUCAGAUCAGUGCCUUACUUUUGUUCAAUCGACACAAGAAACAUGGCCAGUUAUUUGGAGAAGAGUUGUCUAGCCAAUUCAAGCAACUGUUAGCGGAAAUCAAUUCCUACAAGAUGACAUAUACUCCUCCAGCUAUGUCCCUCACUUGCAAUGCAAAAGAGAGGAUCAACGAGGCUGUGUUUGUCCCUGAACUGAAUGCUGAAGCAGCUUCCAGACAAUACAUGGCUGCUGCAGCUGCUGCUGUAGCCACUGUUCAGGGACGAGAUGGAGGCUACUUACAGACAAACCAUUACAUAGAGCCAAAUAUGUAUGACUAUGAACACUAUAUACAAAGGAACCAGGCCAAUGUGUCAAUGUCUGUUGCAUCUCAAAAUAUUGCUAGGUUCAAAGAUCGCUUUCAGAGAUUACUGCAAAUGUGUGAUGGCACUUUGGUAGCUAGACUUAUCACUUGA